CCAUGCCGAGUCCAGUUAUAUCUAGAUCCAACUGGGUUCUCUUGAGACUCAAAGAAUUAGUGUCUGUCUCUCAAUUUCUGUGUCCAUUAUGGAUUCCAAAUCCUCUCCUGUGGAGAUGUUUUUCUUUCCCUUCGUAGGAGGUGGCCACCAGCUUCCCCUAAUAGACAUGGCCAGAAUGUUUGCCGCCCACGGUGCCAUCUCCACCAUCAUCACCACUCCAAAGCACGCCCUCUCCUUCCAAAAUUCCAUCCUCCGCGACCAACAAUCUGGCCGUCCAAUCUCCAUCCAGACCCUCCAGCUACCAGAAGGUGUCGACAUUGUGGAUACCAACCUGUCUGCAACAAUCAUGACAGACACCUCCAUGUUCCAAGAACCUCUGAAGAACUUACUUUUCCAAGCCAGACCUGACUGCAUCGUCCACGACUUUGCCCACUUAUGGGCGGCAGAUGCUAUUGACAGCCUUGGAAUUGGGAUUCCGAGAAUCGUGUUCAGCGGCUUCGGCUGCUUUUCUGAUUGCGUUCAGCAAAAUUUGUUCAAGUUCCAACCGUAUGAGAAGGUGAGUUCGGAUUACGAGCCUUUUGUUGUCCCGGAUCUUCCCGAUCGGAUUGAAUUCACCAGAUCUCAGCUUCCCAUUUUCCUAAUCAACGACGGAGGUCAAAAGGCGAUGCAUAGAUUCGACAAGAGAUAUUUCGGGUCUGUGGUGAAUAGUUUCUAUGAAUUGGAAUCGGCUUAUGCGGAGUAUAUGAAGGAAUUGGGGAACAAGGCGUGGCUCGUUGGACCGGUGUCGUUAUGCAACAGAGACGUCGCCGACAAAGUUGAAAGAGGGCAAAAGGUCUCCAUCGACGAGCAGAGCAUUCUCGAAUGGCUUGAUUCCAAAGAACCCCAUUCAGUACUUUACAUCAGUUUCGGGAGCGUAGGUUGGUUACCUCCAGAACAGCUACUCGAGAUCGCAUACGCUCUCGAGGCUUCCGGCCACUCGUUCAUUUGGGUGGUCGGAAAAAGCUUCAAAUCGGAGGGGGAAAACGAGGAAAAUUGGCUCCCGAGUGGAUUUGAAGAGAGAAUGGAGGAAUCAAAGAUAGGAAUAAUAAUACGGGGAUGGGCGCCGCAGUUAUUGAUUCUAGAGCACAGUGCGGUGGGAGGGUUCUUGACCCACUGCGGAUGGAACUCGACACUGGAGGGGGUGAGUGCUGGGGUUCCAAUGAUUACUUGGCCACUGUCGGCAGAGCAAUUUUCAAAUGAGAAACUGAUCGCGGAUGUGUUGAAGAUUGGAAUCAAAGUGGGGAGCAUGAAGUGGAGAGAGCCACGGGACACGAUACCGGGUGAGGCAGUUGGGAGAGAGAAGGUGGAGGCGGCGGUGAGGAGGCUGAUGGAAGAAAGUGAAGAGGCAGCAGAGAUAAGGAGAAAAGCGAAAGAACUAGCUGAAAAGGCAAAGCAAGCGGUGGAAGAUGGUGGGUCCUCGUAUAAGAAUGCCGAAGCUUUGAUUCAAGAGUUGAAGGCUCGCCGGAGGCCGGAGACCCGAGCUUCUGAUCAGUGAGAUUAAUUACUGCAAUUCACCAUCGGUACAAAACUUCUAAAACAAAAAAAUGUUUACCUUUACAUCGUCGUUUUGGCCACUCCCCACUCCAAUAGAAAUCACUUUGAGCUCAUAUUAUUGAGCUCCUGGCCCUCUUCAACUGUCUUUGCUACUGUAUUUCAUACUGCCAUUGUGAAUAGUUGGUUUCUGGAGUUAUUGUACCCAAAAUUUGUAGAUUAAAGAGGAGCAUUAGAUUUGCUUCUUCUAUCCAGCUAUUUUCCUCUUUGUUUUGCUUGAACAUUUGGGGCAUGACUGAGCUUGGACUUCUUAGUGAAGUCACCGUUCAGUCCCAUUCUCCCAUGUUACAGAUUUUGUGUUUACUGAAUUUGGAGCCUUUGUUUAACUUAGUCUCAUUUCAUGAUUCUAUGAUUGUUUAUGGGUCGAUUGUGGUGGUUUAGAUAUAAUUUAGCAAACGAAAGCGACUGUAGAAAGAUGUGAACAGGUUGAUUAGUCUCGGUUUUAUGAUGAAUAAAUUGAAUGUAGGUUU